AUCAAGGGUUAGAUUGUAAUUUACCAUUAAAACAAAUAUAUAAAUUUCACAUAAUCCUGAUUAGUGACCUUCAUCCUCCUCACCUAUGAUUAAUGGCAACCAGUCUUUUUCUCCGGCCAUUUUGAACCAGUCAAUACCUAACGCACCGCCCUAUAUAAACCUCCACAAAACUGCCGGAAAAAAACCAAACAAUCACAAAAAUUUGAAGGUAUGGCAGCCGGAGGAGGAAUCGCCGCAGUAACAUUCCUUUCCUGCGCAAUCCUCCUCCUCCCUCUGGUGGCCGCCGCACUCCUCCCGGAAAACAACAACUCCGGCCAGGAAAAUGGCCGGAAAUUACGGAUUAUAAAUCCGUUUUACUUGGAACCUGAGAUGAACGCAACUUCCUCGCCGCCGCCGGGGCAGGUGGAUCCGAUCCUUGUACCCGAACCCGUAGGCCCGCCGGAGUAUGGAUCCGAAAUGCCCGAACCCGGACAAGGUCCGACCCUAAUAGAAGGGUUCUACGGGCGGAGCUGCCCGCGGGCAGAGAUGAUUGUGAAUCAGACAAUUAAUGAGUAUUUCAGCAAAGAUCCCACUCUUGCUCCCGCCUACGUUCGCCUCUUUUUGCAUGAUUGUUUAGUCAACGGCUGCGAUGCUUCUAUCCUAUUGGACGAAACUCCCUCAGGCGAAGAUGUGGAGAAGAAAGCUCCCCACAACGGCAAAUUCGUAAGAGGAUUCGAAGCCAUCGACGAAAUAAAAUCCCAGCUCGAAGCCGAGUGUCCAGGCGUAGUAUCCUGUGCCGACAUACUAGCCUACACAAACCGCGACGCCCUAGUCUACACAGGGGUCCCACCCUACCAAGUAGCCGCAGGCAGAAGAGACGGGCUAGUUUCCUUAGCCAAAAACGUGGAGCACAACAUCCCACUCCCAGACGCACCUGCCGAACACAUGGUCAAGCUCUUUGCUCGAAAAGGGCUCUCAUUGGAGGAGCUCGUUGUGCUCACCGGUGCGCAUUCCAUAGGAUCGGCCCACUGCAGCAUCGUGAGUGGUCGGUUCUUCGAUCCGAGAAAAACUGCGGAUAUUGACCCUGGGUACCUGAUAAAGAUGAGGAGUCUGACUUUCUGCGAGGAUGACAGCCAGGAUUUGCCGUUCGAUCCUUACUCGCAGCAGAAAAUGGACUCGAGAUUCUACAAAGAGCUGUUGGCUAAGAAGGCUUUGCUUGAGUCGGAUCAGAAUCUGGCGAACGAGCCUCGUGGGAAUGCCGUUAUGAAAAGAUAUGUCGGCGACCAGCAAGGGUGGUUGAAGAAGUUCACUAGCUCCAUCAAGAAAGUCGGGGAGAUGGAUGUGCUCACUGGUGAUCGGGGAGAAAUUAGGCGACAGUGCAGAUUUGUUAACUGAAAAUUAUUCGGUUCGAUGAUUUUUGUGUAGAAUUUCAAACUUUUCAUCUGUCUAAAUUCCAUUCAACAGAAUAUAUAUGCAGAGGAAAAGAAAAAAGGC